AAAAGAAAUCGAUGAUUUGUUUUUCCCUUCUGCUGGAGAAAUUUGAAGUAUCUACGUCCAAAUUGACAAAAAUAUUGCCUUUUGAGACCGAGCGUAGUGAAAACCCAACAUUAACGUCUUCGGGAGAUGGAUAAGAGAACACGCAGGACUGUCUGGGAAGCUAAAAAGGCUGCUAGACCAGAACUCCGAGAUCUUGGAGAUUGGGAGCGGUUUCAAUUCUGUGCCAAUUUCCAGCCUCACAUCGAAGCCGUACGAGCCAAAGACAACUGCCACAGAGUCGACGUGAACGCAGUGACGACCGAUGAGUUCAUUGAACUAUUUGAGAAACCCGGACGACCAUGUGUCAUCGUGAAGGAUCAAGAUACGUGGCUGGCGCAAAAGAAAUGGACAGUGCGGAGGCUGGCCAAGAAAUACCGCAAUCAGCGCUUCAAGUGCGGCGAAGAUGACGAAGGCUACUCAGUGAAGAUGAAGAUGAAAUAUUACGUGCAAUACAUGCAGAACAACAGAGAUGAUAGCCCGCUCUAUAUCUUUGACAGCAGCUUUGCAGACCAUCCGAAGCGCAAGAAGCUGCUUGAAGACUACGUCGUACCGCACUUCUUUCAAGAUGAUCUCUUUCAGUUUGCUGGGGAUGAAAAGCGGCCCCCGUAUCGCUGGUUUGUGAUGGGCCCAGGGCGGUCAGGGACCGGGAUUCAUAUCGACCCGUUAGGCACUAGCGCUUGGAACGCUCUAGUCAAAGGUCAUAAAAGAUGGUGCAUGUUCCCAACUCAGACGCCCAAGGAGCUGGUGAAACCGUCCAUUAACGAUGGAGGCAAGCAGAGGGACGAGGCAAUCAUGUGGUUCUCACACGUCUACCCUCGCACUCAAGACCCAUCAUGGCCACAGGAAUUCAAACCAAUUGAGAUUCUUCAAGGACCUGGAGAAACUGUGUACGUUCCGGGAGGCUGGUGGCACGUUGUUCUGAACCUUGACACUACCAUAGCUGUCACCCAGAACUUCUGCAGCAGGACAAACUUUCCUGUAGUCUGGCAUAAGACCGUUAGAGGGCGCCCUAAACUCUCCAAGAAAUGGUUCAAGUCCCUUCAGAGAGAAUGGCCAGAGAUAGCAGCUAUGGCUGACCACGUGGAUCUCUCCAAGCCCAGCGGUCUGCAGUCUGAUAGCUCCUCGGAUAGCUCCAGCUCUAGCUCCAGCGAUGACAGCGCUUGCUCCUCGUGCGAAAGCAGCGGGAACGAAUCCGAGGCUGAGAAACGUCACGAUAAAAGAACUAAAAGGCGCAAGGUUGGGAGUGAAGGUGGCACGGAUAUACAGGAAAACGUGACACACUAUGACCCCAGAACGCACAUGACGUACACCAGAUGACACGGCCAAUCAGCUUCAAGCAUUCAUCCAGGGGCAUCCUGGGAUAGAUUGUAAUAUUACUGAGUGCUAGCCAGGAGGGUUGCGGACGCAAGGUGUUGCCAUAUUUUGAAACUGCUUCGUUUUGGAAGCUGAAGUUGUAAUACUACUAUUCGCUAUUCAGAGGAUGUAUUGUACAGGUAUAAUAUAAACCAAGAAGCAUUUGCAUAUUGCCAUAAUGACAUCCAUUUUAAAGCCCCACUGUACUACUUGUAGCUACUUGCUCCCUCUAUAUAGUAAACAAUGCCUAAGCAGUGACCAUUGGUGCCCCAUGAUCAUCGUUUUCUAAUGUUAAUUGAGAGCUGAGUUGAUGAGAUGGCCACCUGUCAGCGACCAUGCUGGGUGGUGUAAUCCCUCCUGGCCAGGCUAGUACAGACAGGCUUUAAGGCAAGUAACUUCCGUGUAUUGCAAAUAAAAAUUCAGUGGUGUGUCAAUUGUGAUUUAAUUCUUCUGCAGCAUAAAACUUUUGUACAAAUCUGAACAAUAUUUGCAAACAUUUCACGAUCUUAAAAGUCUCCGGUUUUACUACAGUCUGAGAAGAAAUGAAAUCUUUAAGAUGCAAUUUUCUUGAAUCAACAUCCGUUGUCGGCACAUCAUUUUGUGCUUUUGUACCAGACAUAAAAGUGAUUUCCUGUAAGGGGAAGACCAACCUGAUAUUAAGUUAGUUUUAAUAGUAACAGAAAAAUUAGAGGAACAUGGUGAAAGUUUGAGCAAAAUCUGAUUAAGAAUAAGAAAGUUAUUUCUAGUUGAAGUUGUGAUCAAUCAUACACAAAUUGGCAACUCUGUGACAUAACUUGCGAGUUCCCCUCCCAUUUGCUCUGUACUUAAAGUGACUUUUUAAUCAUGUCAGUGAAAAUAGCUUAAUUCUUCUCCUGUAACAACAAAUCUUGCUAAAACUUGAAAACAAAAAAAAUGUUCAAAGUGUCAGUCUCCCGAGAAACUCAAUUGACAGAUAUUUCAUUUUUAAUAUGAUUGUAAAUUUUGGUAUUACAGAUAUUUUGAUUUGUUGUCAUUACCAAACAAAAUAUUCUUUUGAAAAGGAAUAUUGAGAGAGCAUACCAGCUCAGAGUAUUAUUGAUUACUCACCCAUCCUUGUGCCAUAUCCUGUAGAGUGUAUACUGAUCUUUAUUUUCUUCUUUCCUCCUAUAUUUUCCUUAAAAUUUGAGUCCAAGAUGUUCAGAUAAGAAUAAACAAAAUUAUUUCGCUGCAUGAAUUCAUUAGAUACAAUUCACUCUGUUUAAAGAUGUGCUAUUGUGAGAGGAAAUUGACAAGUCACUGUUGUACAAUGCAAAUGCAUCUGCGUGCAUCAAGGGAUUCAUUCUUGUAAAUAAACUCAUGUUAUUAAAAUAAAAACAAGUAUUAGACAA